CUGGUAGUAGUUGAAGCUAUUUAAUGCACAUCAUUAAUGUAAGAGCAAGACACUGAAGUUUUACUGCAAGAAAAUGCAAGUAUAUAAAGCCCUUUACCUCUUAAUGCCAUUUGCUCAAAUCAGUUGUCAGAAAACAGAAAAAGGUCACGCAAUUCAAAAUUAUUCCUUGAAGAUGAUAGGUCGGGGAUUAAGGGUGGGGGUGUUAGCAUUGCUUUGUUUUCAUGUUUUUGUAGGGAGUGUGGCUCUCGGUAGAAAUGUGAAAGAUGAGGAUGAGAAGUUUCUGUUUAAGGGAGGAGGAUUUGGUGGUGGUUUUGGUGCUGGUGGAGGUGUUGGAGGUGGAUUUGGUGGUGGGGGUGGUGGAGGUUUUGGUGGUGGUGAUGGAGGUGGUAUUGGUGGUGGAGCUGGUGGUGGGUUCGGAAAGGGUGGUGGAAUAGGUGGUGGAAUUGGGGGCGGUGCAGGAGGCGGGGGUGGUAUAGGUGGAGGCAUUGGUAAAGGUGGUGGUAUUGGAGGAGGAGCUGGUGGCGGUGCAGGAGGGGGUAUUGGUGGUGGUGCAGGAGGUGGUAUUGGUGGAGGAGCUGGAGGUGGCAAAGGAGGAGGAAUUGGUGGUGGUGCUGGUGGAGGAUAUGGAAAAGGUGGUGGCAUUGGAGGAGGUGCAGGUGGAGGGAAAGGUGGCAGCAUUGGUGGCGGAGUUGGAGGAGGAGCUGGUGGUGGUGCAGGAGGCGGUAUUGGUGGGGGAGCUGGAGGUGGCAAAGGAGGAGGAAUUGGUGGUGGCACUGGUGCAGGUGGAGGAUAUGGAAAAGGUGGUGGCAUUGGAGGAGGUGCAGGUGGAGGGAAAGGUGGCGGAGUUGGUGGUGGUAUAGGAGGAGGAAUUGGCAAAGGUGGUGGAAUUGGAGGGGGAAUUGGAAAGGGUGGAGGUGUUGGAGGGGGUAUAGGAGGAGGAAUAGGAAAGGGUGGUGGCAUAGGUGGAGGAGCCGGUGGUGGUAUCGGAGGCGGAAUUGGAAAAGGUGGUGGUAUUGGAGGUGGUAUCGGCAAAGGUGGCGGCAUUGGCGGAGGAGUCGGCGGUGGAGCCGGUGGUGGUGUUGGAGGUGGAAUUGGAAAAGGUGGGGGAAUUGGUGGUGGUAUUGGCAAAGGUGGUGGUGUUGGUGGCGGCAUUGGUGGAGGAGCCGGUGGUGGUGUUGGAGGUGGGAUUGGAAAAGGAGGUGGCAUUGGAGGUGGUAUUGGCAAAGGCGGCGGCAUUGGCGGGGGAGCUGGUGGUGGUGUUGGAGGUGGAAUCGGCAAGGGUGGCGGCAUUGGAGGUGGAAUCGGCAAGGGUGGCGGCAUAGGUGGAGGAAUUGGUGGUGGCGUAGGUGGAGGUGCUGGAGGUGGAAUUGGCAAGGGUGGUGGCUUUGGCGGAGGAAUUGGUGGUGGUGCAGGAGGAGGAGUUGGUGGAGGUGCCGGUGGUGGUUUAGGCGGAGGAUUUGGAAAGGGAGGCGGCAUUGGUGGAGGAUUUGGUGGUGGUGCAGGAGGAGGAGCUGGUGGUGGCAUUGGAGGAGGUGCCGGAGGUGGAUUUGGAGGCGGAUUUGGUGGAGGAGGUGGUUUAGGUGGAGGAGCCGGAGGUGGUUUUGGCGGAGGAGGUGGUGGAGGAAUUGGAGGAUAUCACUAAACAUCCUCCAGUUAAUGAAGUAAACAUAGAAUUAAGCAUGUAUACCAUUGCUAUUGUCAUUAAAUUUUCGAAAUUACUAUUCAUGAGUAAUAUUAUAUGAAAUGAAUCAAAUUUCUCUUCUAUUCGUUAAUAAUAUGCUUACAUGUAAUAUUCUCUUC